GCUUGACAGUUCGUUCGAUCGGUUUUUAUACAUCAGUGGAACGAACUUCGUUCGAAGGGAAUACCUCAGCGUAAAUCUUGGAGCCCAUGAGACUUGUGCCAGCAGCAGUGCAUCCGAUGAGGUAAAUCCAGACUGCAGACCAGCCAAAGGCGGUUUGAAGGGGACCAAUUGCUAACAGUCCAACGGCAGAUGUGAAAGAUCCGCAUCCAUUGAUUAGACCGGUCACAGUCCCAAGAGACUUGCUGCUUCCACGAACCGAAGGAUGGGACGCCAAAUCUGCGGCGACAGCGGAUGUGAUGAUAUUGUUGGGYCUGAAGCGUGAAAGUUCCAUGAACAGAGUGGAUUGAUAUUGUGUUAGACGUUGAAAACRGCGAACAGUCCCUUUUUGACAGCGACUAAAGAGAUUGAAUUUYACUUACCCUCCAACAAGAAUACCCAUGCAGAAGAGCAUGAUUAGAAGARCGGUUGGGUUCAAGUCGGGAGCUUCUGAGAAUUUGGCAAAGAUAGACAAAAAGACAAUCAAUAGUCCCAUGAAGACACCAAUGACAAGUGCGCGGCGUCCUCCAAAGAYAUCAGAAACAUAUCCAACAAUGAUACCUCCGGGCAUCAUACCAACAGAGUAGAGAGACGCAAUAAGAUUGGCCUCGACAGGAUCAAAAUGCUUUCCCAAGAAGUAUGGGAGCCAGAAGAAUAGGCAGUAGUUGGUAAGUUUGAAGAAACCAAAGGCGAAGGCGUAGUUGGCGACCAUGGGAAUCCUGAAGGCAUCGACAAAAGAAAUAGCCUGCAAUCCAGUAUCGGCUUCGAUGGUCUCUCCCUUCUCGGCCAUCUCCUUUUUCUUGGCUUCGAACUUUGCUUGACGGAUCUUGACCUCGGGUGUGAUGAUUCCCAUGUUGUAAGGGUCCGCAACUAGYUGAAUGGUGAUAAAMGCAAASAGAAUGUUGGCAACUGCGGGAACAAAAAGAGCCCAGGUGUAAUGGGCACCCGAUCCCAGAAUCCAUGCAGUGACCAAACCAGCAGAAACAUCUCCCACGUAUUGAUGACAAGUCCAGAARCCAAAGAUGCUACCACGAUUUUUAACAGCAUCUUUGUCGCAGAACCAGUUUCCCAUUACGGCAGUUCCAACAGGUCCUCCAGUGGCUUGGAAGAACCCAAAAAGGAACAAGGUGCCGAGAAUGACGGCGUUGGCCAAAAGAACAUUUACAGAAACCAAAUCAGCCAAGACGGCAGCAGUCAUGACAAGAAGACAGGCACCGCUUCCCCAGAGACCGAUCGCAAGAAUAGUAACAGGGUCGAAGGUGUCACCAAGUUUUCCAUUGAUGACGUUUCCGGCUCCGUAAGUAAGCAUGAAGACAGUAUCCAUAGCACCGAGAAUAGAGGCAGUGUAUCCAGCCUUGAGUUCGAGUUGUUGCUUAACAGUYGARUAACUCUUUCGGGAAAAAUGCGACAUGAAGUAUCCUCCGAAGGUCACAAAGAAGGCCAUUCUGUGUUAGCAAUAAAAAUUGUCAACAAAGCAAAAAUAGGUACAAAAAUAAAGUUAGCCCAAGCCAUGCCAAUUUUGCCGUGAAAUCAACGGACUUCGUCUCGAUGUUGUAGAAGUUGRAGCGCAGCAUCACAAUCCGAUGCACCUCCGAUGAGCGAGRUCCAGGGCCGCUAAGACAGGGUUCGUCCCUGUACUUUCCGAUUUUAAACCGAUYUAUUUCGUCGAAAAACAAUGACUUACGGUUGGUAGGCCUUCAACCUUCGAAGCAUCUCCGCAUCGUCGUCAUUUGGGAUAAGGGGCUUGCUUUCGGACAUUGUUUGUGUUUUUAUACGGCACCUGUGAAAAAAUAAAUAAGGUCAAUCCCUCUCACACCUUGUUUUCAGAAAAAUAAAUGCAUUCGAGAGUU